UUCCAGUAGGGGAAUUUCGAUUCUGGAUACCAUCCUAGAGAUUCUUCAACUAAAAUGCAAUUGAAAUGUUUCUGUUGUUUUCUUUGUGAAGCUGACCAAACCAAAAUACAGAAUGCCAACAACAAGAAAAAUAAGGACUAUCCAUGGGAAAUAUACACCUUGAAGGAGUUGCUUCGUGCAACAAACAACUUUCAUCAAGAUAACAAGAUUGGAGAGGGUGGAUUCGGAAGUGUUUAUUGGGGUCGAACAAGUAAAGGCGUCGAGAUAGCAGUGAAGCGCUUGAAGGCUAUGACCGCAAAGGCAGAGAUGGAGUUUGCAGUAGAAGUGGAAGUACUUGGAAGGGUGAGGCAUAAGAAUUUGUUGGGCUUGCGUGGAUUCUAUGCAGGAGGAGAUGAAAGGUUGAUUGUUUAUGAUUACAUGCCUAAUCACAGCUUGCUCACCCAUUUGCACGGUCAACUUGCUGCGGAUUGUUUGCUAGAUUGGCCUAAAAGAAUGAGCAUAGCAAUUGGAGCAGCUGAAGGUUUAGCGUAUUUGCACCAUGAGGCAAAUCCUCACAUCAUUCAUAGAGACAUAAAGGCAAGCAAUGUUCUUUUAGACCCUGAAUUUCAAGCCAAGGUUGCUGAUUUUGGUUUUGCUAAGUUGAUACCAGAGGGAGUAAGCCAUUUAACGACGAGGGUUAAAGGCACCCUUGGAUAUUUGGCGCCAGAGUACGCCAUGUGGGGGAAGGUUUCUGAGAGCUGUGAUGUUUACAGUUUUGGGAUUUUGCUUUUGGAGAUUGUCAGUGCCAAGAAACCAAUUGAGAAACUCCCUGGUGGAGUAAAAAGGGAUAUUGUUCAAUGGGUCACACCACAUGUUCAAAAGGGUAACUUCAAACACAUUGUUGAUCCAAAAUUGAAGGGGCACUUUGAUUUAGAGCAAUUGAAAUCUGUUGUCAUGAUAGCUAUAAGGUGCACAGAUAGUAGCCCAGAGAAGAGGCCUAGUAUGAUAGAGGUAGUGGAGUGGCUCAAGGGUGGCAUAGGCAAGAGAAUAAAAGAGGUACCAAAUUUGAGUUACAAGAAUGGAGAAGACGAAUGUGAUGAAAACUACGAAGAGAUUAGAACAAUGCGGUCCAAGUUGAAAGCACCAGGUGAUAAUCAUCUUAAAAUAAGAUGA